AUGUCUGCUGACUCUGGCACCUCGGACGUCGAGCAAGCAGACAUCGAGUGCUUCGCGGCGCUGCCCCACGACACAGUCCAAGCCACCGGGGUGACGGAGAAUGCCGUACGGAAGACUAUCAGAGACAACCAAGACACCACCGACGUGGUAAAGUACAUACGUUUCACGAAUGUCCCACCAGCCGUUGCCGACAAGUUUUCUCUGCGCAAUACUCGCCAGAUGUUCAAUCGCAGUACUCGAUACAUGAUCAUCAAGCUCUUAACUGGGGCCCAUGAACCUUUCCUGGUUUGA